CGCGGCACUCGGAGCCCAUGGCCCCGGGCAGCGGGAGCCGGCCGCGGCUGCCCCCAUGAUGAACCUGCUGCAGCCCCCUGGCCGGGCCCUGGAGCGCUUCGAUGGGCUCUCCCUCAUUUACUGGACACUCAUGGGACCGUAUGGGAUGGACCGAGCCGUGCACUGCUUCGACUUCUACGAGUGUGCAAACGGGCUGGGCAUCAAGGUCAUCGGUGGCAUCAAGGAGCUCACUGGAGAAGAAUAUGGAGUUUAUGUCAAGAGGAUCCUUCCAGGGGGUGUUGCUUAUGCAGAUGGCCGCCUGCAGCCAGGGGACCAGAUCCUGGAGGUCAAUGGAGAGUCCUUAAUUGGGGUUACCAGUGAAAGGGCCGUGGACAUCCUGAGGACAGCGUCGGCCACCAGCCACAUGCGGCUCCUGAUCGCCCGCGAUGACGACGCCAGGAGAGAGUUCUCUGAGCUGCUGGAGAAGUUUGGCUCCCAGAGCAACACGGGCUCGGCGCGGAGCUCGCCGGUCCUGCACGGCGGCAGUCGGUACCUGGAGAGCACCUCGUCGGGCUCGUCGUCGCGCUCGCAGAGCCCGCUGCUGCUGAGCCCGGCCACCUCGCACGGCCCCUUCCUGGGCAGCCUGGCGCACGCUCCUCACGCACACUACUCCAUUGACUCAGGAAUCCAGAGCAUUUCUGUAGCAAACUCCUCUGGCUUGGGGCUGACAAUCAGUGGUGGAUCCAACAGGCCUGACGGGCCCAUGAUUUAUGUCCAGGAGCUUUUGCCAGAUGGGGACUGUUACAAGGAUGGUCGGCUCCGACCUGGAGACCAACUCAUUGCCAUCAACAGAGAUUCUCUGGUGGGCAGCACACAUGAGGAGGCCAGAAAAAUAAUUGAAAAAGCCAAAUUCAGACACGAGGGAAGCACAGAAGUGGCCUUUAUCCCUGGGAGGGGACGGUUACACCCUGGCCUGUCAGUGCACAGCAACAGCCCAUCCCCACCUCCAAAGGCUCUGGGGAACGGCCUGAGCUCCUGCAGGCUGAAGGUCCACGUGAGGUCCCCAGAGAAUAGACGUGAAAAUCCUUUUCCUGUGCCUUCUUUGUCUCCGGACAUUUGCCCACCAGAGCUCACAGUCUCAGCACCUGCUUCAGCUUCUAACUACAAAGCAGCUUCAGGCACCAAACCUAAAGUAGCCCUGGAUCCCCAUAUCCGGCUCAAGGAUGGAAAACUGGAACUGGUUCUGCAGUACCUUGGUCUGGAUGUGACUGAGGAGAAGAAGAGGCAGCUCAGGCAAAGCCUGACCACGGACUCACAAGGGACUGUGGCCUAUGGAGAUGUUCUCCAAGCACUCAGGGAUCUGAUGCAGGAGGAGCUGGACGAGGCUGGUCUGGAUUCCAGCUCUGUGCUCUUCACUCAGCACGAAGUGGCCAAUUUGCUGGAUACAUCAGCUUUUCACUCCCUGACCUUUGACUCUCUCAACUGCAAUGGCAGCGAGGACCUGGAGCAGCUGCAGCUGGAGAUGAGGGAUCUGCGGCACGAAGUCCGCAGGCUGAAGUCUCUCCUGAGAGAAGUGGAGAGCAGCAAGAAGUCGAUGGAGGAUGAGCUUCAGCGGCUGAACCAAAAGGCGCUGGGGUUCCUGUCAGAGAACAGGAGCCUGCACAGCAAACUGCAGAUGGCCGAGGUGGUGCAGAGACAGGCCCACAGCGCCGAGCAGGACUACGAGGAAGUGAUCCACCUGCUGGAGGCUGAAAUUGCAGAACUGAAGAUGCAGCUGGCAGGGAAAAAAGCAAAGCACGUCUCUGAAAUAGAGGAGGACAUCCUGGAGCUGAGGAGGCAGCUGUCCCUGGCUGAUGGCCAGCUACGAAAAUCCGAAGUGUCGCGGAAGCGCCUGGAGAUCUGCAAUAGGAAACUGCUCCUGUUUGUGCAGAACAUUUACAAGGUCCUGAGCGCACACAGUCAUUUACCAGAUGAGAAAAGCGUCAACCAUGAAACAGAAGAGGAUAAAACAGAUGCAGUCUCAGACACAUCUCUUCCACCUUCAGAUCUUGUUGACCUUUUGCUAUCAGAAGCUAAAGAGCUGUUAGCACCAAUCCUCUCCAACAAGGACGCUCUGCCAUGGGACAGGGACCAGUGCCUGCCUGCUGAAGGAAUCCCAAAUUACAAGGACCACCUCCAUCAGAAGACCACGUGGCCCCCUCCUGCAGGCCAGACCAAGAGUGACCAACCACAGCCACCAAGCCCCACGGAACUGCCUAAGAAGUCGACAUAAAUACCCCAUGGCUUGGUGGUGCUGUGAACCAUGGCCAUCCAUCCCAAGGGAUGGGAAAGACACCCCCAGGCACCUCAGCUUCCAGGCCAAGCAGACUGAGAAACAAGAAUCAUUCUUCCUAACUAUCCAAGACUUUUUCAGCAACCUCCCCUGCGUGUCUACCUCCGAGUUAUCGUACAAGGCUUUUUGCUCACGGUUUUGCAGCUUUAUAGGAAAAAUAUUCUCAUGAGGCUACAGAGGCCUGGAUUUCUGUGGCAGCCUUUUAGAGCUUGUAUUCUGGGUAGCAUGAAUGUACCUGAGGGACUCAGGGGUCUCCAACAGAUCCCUUUUGGUAUUUCAGAUGAAAAACCAAAGUCUAUUUAGUGACUGUAAUCAAAGCAGCUUAAUCCCUAGUGUCCUAGUUGUCUUGGGAUAGGAAUUUCUCUUUUUAUUCUUUUUGUAUAGCUUAUCCCAGCUGCAGUGCUUGGAGUGGGAAGCAGCAGCUCAGGCAGUUGUUGGCCAGAGUGCAGGAGGCCAGCAGGGUGCUCUGGUCACAGCGUGGACAGCGAGCCCUCCCUGGAACGUGGCAGGACAUAGUGAACAUAGCUCAGUAAAGGUCCCUGGUGUCACUGGGAAAUGAGAUCCACGUGAUGCAAGGCUGGGACAGCACUGGAUGGGGAUGGGCAGAGGUCUGGAAAAUAAAAUGGAAACACUCCUCACAAGGAGUUUGCUCUCUGGGUUCUGAUUGCAGCUGCUGCG